CUCUUACAAAAUAAAGUGGACUACAAAGUGCUAUUACAGAAAUUAAUUCUACUAAUGUUGUAGUUAACUCUUACGGAGACGUAUUCUGGGCCAUACCCACUUCAUUAAUUGGUAAAUGUGAUUUCGAUUAUGAUGAUUAUCCAUUAGAUGUUGCAAAAUGUAAAGUUUUUCUGGAAAAUUGGACUAACAAAGGCAGAGAGGUCAAUUUUAGCCUCCUUGAUCCUGAACCUAACCUAAGAUAUUUUAACAAUGAUAAUCCUUAUUGGAAUAUGAAGGAAUGUCAUCUUAAUAAAACAGAUAUAUUUUUCGGAAAUGAAUUUUAUCCAAGGAUAGAGCUGAUAUGUGUACUCGCAAGACGACAACCAAUUGCUCAAUAUCAAUUACAAUGGAUAAUUUCUAUUAUUGUUGUAUUGUUGACUCUGUGUAUGUUUUGGAUUCCGGCAGACAUCAGGCAGAAACUAACCUUAGGAUGUGUGGUGUUGAUAAUAUUAACUAUUAGCCUUAUUACCAUCACAUCGACUGUAAAAGUACCUCAAGUCGCUGAACUUAUAGCUAAACCUAUCCACAUAACGAUGUUCGUCGUCUUAGUGGCUAUUGUAUUCGAGGUCAUCAUCAUUAAUUUUCGAUACAUUCAAGAUUACGAACCUCCCGAAUUUAUCCUCAACAUAUUUUCAGGAACCAUCGCUAAAUUAUUAGUAAUUAAUUCAAUUCGCACGAAAGAGAAACCAAUGGAUAAAGUGAAUUUGUACGAAAAUCAAGAUGAAGUGGCUCCUCUUCAACGACUAACAGAAAACGAAAACUGGCAAAUAAUUACUCAAAUUGUGGAUAGAAUAUUGUUCAUUUUUUAUGUACUAUUGCUAAGUUCUAUACCUAAAACAAUAUAAACUUCAAUUUUGAUAAUUAAAUAUUAUAUCUUAUUCCGUUAGCAUUAAUCCCGUUUAACGUAAACUACCGGUAUGUAUCAUCAGUUUUAAACGUUCCAACAGAAACCUCAUGUUUUCGGGUAUAAAUAACCAUAUUAUUUUUAUUCUUUCCGACUUUUGGGCCCUAAGAAGGUUUUUUUUUUAUCAGGCCCAUCGUGGGUUCGACCAAACUCUCAAUAGAGCUGCUGGGUGAUGAAAACUUCCCAGAUAUUUCAAUAUUACUCUGAAACGUAUAAUAAUGAAAUGGUUAAUAAGCAUUUGUUGUACGUGCUAAUAGCGCAUGUGUUCGAUUGUUCGAACUCGAAAAUAGUUAUUUUAAUGUACUAUUCUUGGUAGUAAUAAGUACGGAAAUUUAAAAUAAAUAUUUAAAAUUGGAUAUUUGCUGUAUAUACAUUAGAUGAUAAAUGAUGCACAACACGUCGUGGUUUCACAAUCUUCACAUUGCAUUACAGUAAGUCUGUCUGUGACGCAAUACUCCAACUCCUUCCUCACUUUGCAUUACGUAUCAGGAGUCGUUGAGGUUGUAACUCGCUAAUAAUACUCGCUAAAAGU